CUUGUCAUAAAGACUAGCCUGCGUUAUAUAUCUCGCUUGGAUAUUUACCACCUCUGAGAUUCUGCUCGCUAUGAAACAUAUCUAGCCCAGAUCUUAUCUACUCUAUGCUAUAACUCUUAUUCGCACACCUGCAAUCAUGGUCACCUACUGUGAAAUAUAAAAGAACAUGUUACGAAGUUGAUAUAAUGAUUCUCCUUCAUUAAGAAGAUAAAUUUAAAUUAGUAACAUCUGGUUCUUGACAGUCAUUUCUACCUAGAAAACAGACAGGAUGCUGCAGAGGAAUUACCUUCAAAUUAUUUUUCUCUUCUACAUCUCAUUGACAUUUGGAAAUGGACUUGAAUAUCUGAAGUAUUUUAUAAAAGUACAACACUGUGAUCUGAAAGAUGGUAAAACAUUGAUGAGACUUGACGUGGAUAACUCCAGCUGUUCGAAGAGGUGUUUUGAAAUUUCUACAUGCAAAUCCUUCGUGAGUAGAGCGAUAAAUCCAAGCUGUAUUUUAUACGAAGAUGACACAUCAGAGAAGACACUAAUAAAAGCAAAUAAUACCUAUUUUUAUCAGUUAAGAAGAACUGUGCCGACCAAGUAUAGAGACGGAAAAUGUCCCGUGGAUUUCGUUUACAACGGUUAUCUUCCUUCUAACAAUGAUUUGGGUAUCACUUAUACUCAGAAUUAUACACAGUGUUUCAAAAAAUGUGAAGCGGAACCAAAAUGUCAGUCAUCCGAAUACUCCUUGGACACAACAGAAUGCCGAACGUCAGCUGCGAAUCAUACUACCAUGAAUUUGAAGUUCUGGGGAAGUGAACUUUACGCUGAUAUAGACAAAA